CGGUCCUUCACCAGCGUCCAUGACGACCGCCGAAUUGUCAGACAGCACGUACGGCAGCCCAUGCAGCCAGGCCACAAAACCAUGCGUCAACCACUGACUAAUCCAGCCGGACAUGCAUACAUGGCCGCAUACGAUGUAUUUAUUGUACACACAAACGCCACUGAUGAAUUCUGCUGGGUUUCGGCCACUCACUCCCCACCGAACCCCAGUAUCCUGACACCAAACACAACGUUGUAUCCCUUCUGCUUGCUGCCAGUUUGAUGCAUGCAUAAUCUCUCAUCCAUCUCUGUGUGGCGCACCUUGUUGCCAUGGUCCUGCCGUACGGGAUGUAUGAGAGGCAGUACCACACCAUCGCACAGAACUGGCACACGACGCACAGCACGAUCAGCAAACCUUGCAGCAAACCCACUUGAAGAAAGAAACAGCAAAUCUGACAGCAGCAGACAGCGCACCUUGCCAUUGCUCUUUCACCCAUUCAGCCGCCAGCCUGCCUGCCUGCCAUUCGUACCAGUGUGAGUAUGAGGCACGAGAGGUAUGUGACGGAGGCGAUCCACCUCUUCCGGUGAAACAUGUUCCGCACCUGCUUGGAAGGACCAACUGCACACACACAUGCACACAACGACCACCACUCUGACGAACAGCGGCCGCUUUUCUGUGCACUACUGAUGGCUGACCGAGGAAGCCGGUGGAGCAAAUCGACAUGAUGUUCCCAAACGAAUAACCGACAGCAAAGCGAGUGGGAUGACCUGACACGGACAUACACAUGGGAGCAUUCCACGAGCGGAAUCAUCCCGUCGAUGCCGUGCUCCUCACCCGUCAGCAUCUGUGCGAAGGAUCCGAAGGACACAAAGGAGACGAUCCAGCCAGCGAUAAAGCACAUGCAGAACCCAAUCAGACGCUGCAGCAAGUACACAACAAGAACGAACAACUGGGUGUCCUUGUGUUGCUUCUUCGUCGUUUUCACCUCCUGAAAUGUGAGCCUCGGGCAACACUCCCAUCGGUCCUCUUCUUGGAUGUCGCUGCUGGUGUCCCACUGCGACAGCACACUGUUGUUGUGGCCAUCAGCGGGAGGCGCACUCUCGCUGCGGAAUUGCCUGAAUGGCGUGAAUGACUCGAACAUGUUCCCUGCCAUGAUCUCGCUGGUCGCUCUUUUGUCCAGCUGGUAUGACGGACGUUGGAGCUGUGUGUUUCCCCUUUUCUCCCGAAUUCCC